AUGAACACCCCUCUGGGGAGCCUGCAGGAGAGUCUGGGGCCCCUCCAAAGGCCAUGGACAAAGGAGCUGAUCACCCUGGGACCAGGGGAGUCUGGGCAGCAGGUGGCGCUGAAGAGGAUCCAGGAGCUCCGUGCUGGGGACAGCCGAGACCCUUUCAUGGUGGCCGACCUGGACGUGCUGGCCCGCCGCCACCAGACCUUCUGCCAGGCCCUGCCGGGAGUCUUGACCUUCUAUUCAGUGAAGUGCAACAAUAGCCCCUGGGUGCUGCGAGUCCUGGCUGCCCUGGGCACCGGCUUCGACUGCGCCAGCCAGGUGGAGAUGGAGCAGGUGCUGGGCCUAGGUGUGGCCCCCUCGCGCAUCAUCUAUGCCAACCCCUGCAAGUCCAUCUCCCACAUCCAGUACGCUGCCCGCCACGGGGUGCAGCUCCUGACCUUCGACAGUGAGGAGGAGCUGAUCAAGAUGGCCCAGCACCACCCUGGGGCCAGGCUGGUCCUCCGGCUGUGGACCCAAGACAGCCAGAGCAUCUUCCCCCUGAGUGCCAAGUUUGGGGCCAGUUUGGAGGCAUGUGGGCAUCUGCUCACGUCCGCCAGAGACCUGGGCUUGGCUGUGGUUGGAGUCAGCUUCCACGUGGGCUCCAGCUGCCAGACACCCACGAGCUACGCACAGGCCAUCACUCACUGCCGGCAAGUGUUCGAGAUGGGUCGCGGGGCCGGGCAUGACAUGAGCCUCCUGGAUCUUGGUGGCGGCUUUCCUGGAGCGGAGGGCUCCCAGCCCUUGUUUGAGGAGUUGGUGAAAGGGAUCAAGGCCGCCCUGGCCCAGACCUUCCCUGAGGGCAGUGGCGUGGAGGUCAUCGCAGAGCCUGGCCGCUUCUACGCAGAGCCUGUCUUCACAGCCGCUGUCAACAUCAUUGCCAAGAAGUCUGUGCUGGAGCCCAGAGGCCGCAGGAAGUUCGUGUAUUAUCUCAACGAUGGCCACUAUGGCUCUUUCCGCGUCUUCCUCCGAGAGCCUGCUCCCAGAAUUCCCAUCGUGGUGAAGGAGUUCAGCUCAGAGCCACCCCUCUUCCCCUGCACCCUCUACGGCCCCACCUGCGAUGCUUUCGACAGGCUUUUUGUGGCAGAGUUGAAGCUGCCUGAGUUGGAUGUGGGUGACUGGCUCGUCUUCCCCUCCAUGGGUGCCUACACAUCUUCGAUGAGCUCCACCUUCAAUGGCUUCCCUCCUGCUACCAUCUGCUACACCAUGAGCCCCCAGCUCAGGAGCCUUCUGGAGACAAAAGCAGCAACACCUUAA